AUAUUUUUUCAUUCUAAAAAAAAAUCCACUAACGCAAACGUUGACAGGUAAAUUAAUAUGGAUUCUCUUAAAACUAAUUUUGUGGUUUUUCUAAGUUUCUUUUCAUUAAUUAACGGAUCAGCAAAUUGUAACAGUAAAAAUGCUUAUAGGAUAGUUAUAAGUGAUGACUGUCGAACAGUAUGGAGGUGCAGAAGACCAGGCAUGUCUGCAAUAAAACUUGCAGAUUGUCCAGAAGGAACCGUUGUAGGGAGAGGUGUACGGUGUGUUCCCGAGGGUAGUUCACUAAACGUUUGCACAGUAAAAAAAACGUGUGGACUAAACAGAAAUCCGUGCAGGCAUGGUGGGACAUGUGUGGCAGGAACCCAACCGAAAGCAUUUGGCUGUGAGUGUCGGGUGCCAUAUAAAGGCAGAUACUGUGAAAUAGUGCCAUCCCCAGCAGAUCUUUGUGUAGUAUCACCUAGAUAUACACGUCUUCCUGAUAAAGAGUACUGUCAGACUUACUUCGACUGUGGUGACAAGACGGGGGAACCAGUGAAAAAAGAAUGUGCAUACCCUUUACAAUUUGAUGUUGAAAAACAGUCGUGUGAAGACUUCCAUACAGUCAAAUGUGGCAACAGAAAAAAUCUAAAGUCUAAAUGUCAAUAUAACAGAUACAAAUCGAUGAGUUCCCCUUUUACGUCUUGUGAGAUGGCAUAUCCAAGCUGUGAAAAGAAGUCAAAUGGAUUUCAACCGCAUCUUAAAAGACCACAAUCUCCGUGGUACAUGGUAUGCAAAGAUGAUCAUCUUGUGAAAACUGGAUUUUGUGGAUCCGAUAAAAAUGGCAAAAAAAUCGCGACAAAAGACGGAUGUAAGAAUGUGUUUGAAAUUCCUCAAAAAGACGGUGGACUGAAACCAAGUUGUAGAGGUAAACCGGAAGGGUUCUAUCCACUUCAAGGCGGAAGUUGUCAACAAUUUUUCUACUGUAAAAAGGAUAAAACAUACAUCAACAGAUGUCCAAAUUUCUUAACCUUCGAUACCAAAAUAGCCAAAUGUAGACUGAAGAUACAAGUAUGCAGGCCUUGUGGAACGAAAAAAUGCUGAAGUGUAAAAGGACAUCCCAAAAAAACUUGAAAUAAAUUCAUUAUCAGCAAAAUA